AUGUGUAGCAGGUUGGGAGCGCCGCCACCGUAUGCCGAGUCCAGAGAGGUGUCUAGCAAUUCAUCAAAAAAUUUCGUCGUCUCGCCUUAUACAGAUGGCGAGCACUGCAUCGAUCUCUCCGCUCUCGACCCUGAAGGCCGCCUCCUCACCGAGUCACUCACCAAGUUCAACCCCCUGAGGGCGGACUACGCCACCGCCCCGUACCGCGAUACGUUCAACUGGGGCGAGAUCAUGGCCGACCUCAAGACCCGUGCCAAAGAGCAAGACUACCUAUGGCGUGAGACGUCUUUCUACAUCGUCGUCUUCCGGUCACGCAUCCCGCCCACCACCGAUUACGGCAGGCUCGGCGAGAUGGACAAGGCGGCGCAUGCCGAAGCCAUGGUAGAAGGGGGCUUGUUAAACCCACAAUCCCACAAACCAAAUCUGCAAAACUUCGAUUUCGACGCCAUCGCGACGAGAGAAGACGGUUUACCCCACGUCACCCGCACAUCCCGGCCAGCUACGACUCCCGUUCUCAUCGGCAUCCGACUGCUCGACCGGCUCGCAAUCAUGGCGGAUCACCUCAAAGACUCACCCUUCAAGGCGGUGCAGGUGGAGGCGUUGGUUGUCAUGAAGAUCGCCAAGCACUGCGCAUCGGCCUUCCCUUCGUCUGCCAGCGGAUCCAUCGUCGGUCUCGACACUGACGGCCUGCUCGAAGUCUCCAACACCUUCCCCUUCCCCAGCGUCGACGUCGCCAACUUCGACGGCCACCAGAACGAUGCCUCGGCCCUCGCCGCCGCGGCGCCUCGCCAAAAGUCCAACAUGGCGUACCAGAACGAGAUGAUCAGGCACCUUAAGGAGGUCAACGUCGACGCCAACAAUGUCGGUUUCUACACGAGCGCCACCAUGGGCAACUUUAUCAACCUCAGCUUCAUCGAGAACCUGCACCACUACCAGCAGGCCAGCCCUGUCACCGUUGCCCUCGUGCACGAUCCCAGCCGCAGCUCCCAGGGCAGCCUGAGCCUUCGCGCCUUCCGCCUUACCCAGACCUUUGUGGCGGCCUACAAGGAGGGCAAGUUCACGACCGAGAGCCUUCAAAAGUCCAAGCUCACCUUCAAGGAUAUUCUCCUUGAGCUGCCCGUGACGGUGCACAACUCGCACCUGCUCACGACCUUCCUCCACCAGAUCCCCGCUCCUCCCCCCGACCACCCCGAGGUCGACCUGCCGGCCGCGCUCUCAGACAUCCAGAGGGAUAACAUCCAGAUCCCGCCCUACCCCUCAUUAGACUCGCUGGAUCUCUCGAUCGACCCCUUCCUCGAGAAGACGUGCGACCUGCUGCUCGACAGCAUCGAGUCGCACUACUCGGACCUGAACAACCACCAGUACUACCAGAGGUCGCUGGGCCGCGAGCAGCAGAAGAUCACGGCGUGGCAGACGAAGCGCAAGGCGGAGAACGCGGCCCGCGCCGCCGCCAAGCAGGAGCCGCUGCCCGAGGACGAGUGGCAGAAGCUGUUCAAGCUGCCGCAGGAGCCCAGCCGGCUGGAGGGCAUGCUCAACGCCAGGCAGGUGGAGCAGUACAGCCGGCAGGUGGACGGCUUCACGGCCAACGUCAGUGCCAAGAUGUUUGCCGUCAGGGGAAACCUGGUCCCUGAGUAG